AUGGGAGGUGGUCUAAUAGCUGGUAUUGCUGGCAUCAAUAAAACCCUUGCAAUUGCUUCCAUAACCCACGUUGAAGACUUGACGUACGCAAUCUUCAAGCUCAAUACUUGGGUGUUGACCGAGAUGUGGUUCAUAGUUAUCUUCGGAUCCAUUCCAGUCCUACGCCCUUUCUUCGUCCGUUUCACGCAGGAUGUAUCUGUCUGA